UAUGUGGAACUCUCCUGUCAAAAAGACGGUGUUAGGGAGACUCUUCCGGAAGGCAUGUCAGCAAGUUUGGGGCUGUGAUUUCUGUCAGUAUUGUCCGUUUCCCUCUCCUAGGGUACAUCCAUCUUUUAAUUUUCGAUUGUAAAUCGCCCCUGAAGGUAUUUGGGUUUGAUAGUUCAUAAUGUCAGGGCACGGACAUGGACAUGGACACGGCCAUGACUGCGGAGGUGGACAUGACCAUCCUUCAGAAUCAGAAAUGGCAGCUCAGUUCAGUCUUUACACAAAGAUCGACACAGAACGUGUGGAAUGUUUAAAUGAAACACUGGAUGGAUCGGGCAGGACCAUCUUCAAGCCAUGGGAUCAAAGACUGGACAAGGACAAGUAUGUUGAAAGUGAUGUUGAUGAAGAAUUAAUUUUCAACAUACCAUUCACUGGAAGUGUAAAAUUGAAAGGGGUUAUUGUCAUUGGUGGACAAGACGACAGUCAUCCUUCAAGAAUGAGACUUUUCAAGAAUCGUCCAGGGAUGACCUUUGAUGAUGUCAGCAUCGAAGCAGAGCAAGAGUAUGAACUACACCCAGACCCUGAGGGGAUGUUAGAAUAUGCAACAAAGGCUGCAAGAUUCAACAGUGUUGAACACCUAACCAUACAUUUCCCCGGUAACUUUGGGAAUGACUCCACUCUUGUGUAUUACAUUGGUCUGAGAGGAGAUUUCACUCAGGCUCGCCGCCACGAGGUUACAAUCUGUACUUAUGAGGCCCGGGCUAACCCAUCUGACCACAAAACCAAUGUCCUCGACUCUAUGUCGAAUAUGAUCUCGUGAACAUGAUGCACACAUCUGUAAGCCUGCCGUUAUGUAUUUGGAAACUGCUGCUACGCUUGGGACGCUUGGGAGACAUGGUGUUGAAUUGUGAGGUUCCUGUUGAGACCUGUGUUUUACAAUUAUGAACACAUUUCACACUUGCGUUGUGUAAACAAUCACCGUCUUGAAUGUGAACAGUUGGUUGUACAUGCCUGUACAGUCUGAUGUAAAGUUGACAACAACAUUCAAAUGAAAGUGACACUUUGCGCUUGAGCUUCACUCCAUCAUUAUCAGUCCCUGUACUGUUGAUAUGCCUGCUUCACAUCAAGGUGCAUGUUUUCUGGUCCUUUCCCAUGGAUAUGUUUCAUAAUUUGUAUUUAUUACAAAAUAAAUAUAUAAAACUAA